UAUAUUCGUUCGUGGACCAUGGUGCGCGCGCGCGGGCGGACGCGGACGCGGACGAGUUCGUACCUAUUCGUUUUUCGCGACGAUGCAGGUGAACGCGUACGCACCUGCGGGCCAGCGUGCGUCAGUUGCUCGCGAAAUUGCAAUUCGUUCGCAUCUUUCUCGCUACGAGGUGUCAGCUUUCCCGAAAGUAAACGAAUCCUUGGGGAAUAUACGAUCGACGUGGAUCCACGGAAUCGCAUUUCCCGCUGCAACGAACCGACGCGACGAUCAAACCCUUUCCUUUACCGUGCUAAUUUCCAUUCCGAUUCCGACACCGUUCCUACGCCUUUCGUCCAUUCGAUAUCGUUCUCUCGUCACACCUCGCCGCGACGAUCCAUUCGCGAGUUUUCCCAACGAGUUUCAUUUACAUAAGCGAUUUCGGCGAAUCGUGUGGCGCGCGCGCGCGCGCGAGCCAACGAUCGCCAAGAUCCUUGGCACGGUAUCGGAGCUCGGACAGACCGUGCCUGUGCGCGCGAUGCGAUCGACAGGCGAGCUAUAAACAUGCCGACGAUCGCUAGUCUUUUCCUAGGGAUCGCGAUAUGCGGAUUUCUCGCGAAAACAGAGGGAGAACAACCCUGUUCUUACGCUAGUUGGGAGAAAAUUGGUGGAGUGAAACCGGAUACCGUCGAGUCGCACACGGUUCUGUAUAGCGCGGUCAACUCGAACGGCAUAACGAAACCUUGCUUCGAAAGAUGCAAACGCGUAAACUGCACCGCGUUCGUGAUAGACUUUGGUAGAAGCGUUUGUUACAGCGUAGAAACGGAGGACGAUGAGCUAGUGCCCGAAGCGAAUUCCAUCUUCUACCAUCGAGUCUGCGCCAAGGUUCCAGCGAGCUGCGCGCGACGUAGACUUUGGCAAGUGGAGAGGAGUCCGGGAGCGGUGUUGAUCGACUCCGGUGCCUUCCAUCUGCCUCACCCGAUCACGAGGAAUCGAUGUUACGAGAAAUGUAUAGAAGCAGGAAGGAGCUGCGAGUCCGCGCAAUUCCGCACCGCAAAGCCGCUCUCGUCCGACGAGACCGCACUCGGCCGAUGCUCCCUCUCUUUGCACGAACGAGGUACCAGACCUCGGGCGUACAGGGCAUCCAUGUACAGGGACGAGUAUCUUUGGGACGAAUGUCGAAACCUCUCUAGACGCGAGUAUUGCUCCUACGCGGAAUUCCAGAACGCUUCGCUACCGUACUCGGAUGUCGCUCUAAUCGAUCUCGACGAGAACCAGUGCGAGAGAAGAUGCGAUUCGAGCGUGGAUGGUUUCGUAUGUCGAGGAUACACGUUCGAUAAUUCGUCCGGCGAACCAGUUUGCCUGUUGCAUUCGGAAGAUACCAGCAGCCUCGGUGUUAGCUCGCUAAUCACCGUCGCCAACGCGAUCUACAGGGAACGGGAACCGUGUUUGGAUCUCAAGGUACGAUGCAACGAUUCCACCAUGACGGUCGAGUUAAAAACCAACGACGGUUUCUACGGUCGAAUCUACUCGAGCGGGUACGCGGAUACCUGUGGCGUUCAGGGUACAGGAGGUAACCGUACCCUGUUGACGUUACCUGUCCCAGCCGCGGACAAAAUCCGCGAUGGCAAACUCCGCUGCGGUUUGAACCCCGCUUUUUCCAUCGACGAUCGAAAUCGAACACGGCCUUUAGUUUGGGCAACGAUCGUGAUACAAUUCAAUCCGAUCGUUCAACGACUCGGCGAUCAAGCGGUCAAAGUCGGAUGCUCGUUGAACGAGCAAGAACGUCCGCAACCGAAAAACAUCACCGUCCACUCGAGCUUCAGCUUCCUCGAUCCAAACGCAGGAGUACCGCCUAUCUCUUCCACGAUAGUCAACGCAUCCUCGCAAGCGCCAUCGGUGACCAUGAAAAUUUUGGACGAAAACUCGAAAGACGCGAUCGUCACGCAUUUAGGACAAAAGCUUACUUUGAAGAUUCAGCUAAACCCAUCGGACGGCCCUUAUGACAUUACUGCCGGACACCUCGUAGCCAGCAGCGCUUCUGGCGAUGCCUCCUAUUUGUUAUUAAACCAAGUCGGUUGCCCCACUGACCCAACCACCUUCCCCGUUCUCUCGAAGGAUCCAGACGACGGGCGUUCCUUGAUCGCCACUUUCACGGCCUUCAAGUUCCCCGACAGUCAGCUAGUCCGAUUUAACGUGAUCGUUCGAUUCUGCUUGGACAAAUGUACCGCGACCAACUGCAACGGUGAUAAACUUUCUUACGGAAAGAGAAAACGAGCCAGCGAGUCUUGGAAUGUAUCGACGGCUUAUGACACCGAAACGGAACGAACCAAUCGAGAUGGAACUCCAGAGGAGUUACCGUUGCAGCUCUCUAUAAUCGUUCAAAAUCCCGUCGCAUCUUCGGCUGAUCGUUUAUCUUCGAGAGAAAACGGGUCUCCCGAUACCGUGUUAAUCACCGGAGAUGGUAGUAGUAACUCUGUGGAUGGACUACUUUGCAUCGACGCUAGUCUUGCUUUGAGCCUGCUGAUUUUCGUACUGAUCGUACAAAUCGUGCUUAUCGUUGGCUGUCUCCUAGUCGUAGCACAGUACAGGCGAACAGCCAUACGAGCGGAAGAGGACAGAGCCAAUGUCUUGGCAAGACAUUUAUACGGUAUUCACGGAGGAAACUUUGAAAUUGCGCGAAGAGUCAGAUGGGCUGAUCACAAUGCUUCCUCCUUAUCUCGCGGUUGACCUCCGACUCGACCCGAUUUCGUUCCAUUAGACUCGAUUCGGUUCGAGGCAACCACACGCUUCGCACGCUAUC